AUGUCUGUGCUCCUCCAUCGCUGGCUCAGGCCAGAUGUGCUCACCAAGAAGCAGAUCUUGGAUAAGCUUCUGCUGGAGAAGUUCAUGAUCUGCAUGCCCUUGGAGCUGCAGGUCUUGGUGAAGGAGAGGCGUGUGCAGAGCUUCGAGGAACUGAAGGUCUUGCUGAGAAAUAAGGAGAAACCCAGGAAAUGGAAGGUCGUCAGCUUCCAAGGGCAGAAAUACCUUCAGGAGAAUUCCCUUGUCCAGAUGGCCGACGAGGAAGUUGGUGACACAGACCACAUGUUGGACUUACCCGUGAAGUCCCGAUCCCCCAUAAGUCAGACGGGGUUACAUCCUGAGAACAGCCAGGAGGUCAAUGGAGAGCUGGGAAACCAGCCAGGAACCAGUGACGUGCUGUGGGGACAGAACUGUGGACCUGAUACCGAGUCAGUCCCUUCUGUUGCUCUCCAUCAGAAGCUCAUGUUUCCAGUGAAUAUGGCUGCAGACCAGGCAUUUUCCGAUGGUCGUGGGCUCCCCCAGGGCAAUCUGGGCUGGGAGCUGCUACCGGCCGGAACGCCCCAGGGAAUCCUCACUGAAGAACAGCACCAGGACUCUGAGAAGGGGCACGGGCUCUUCAGAGCCUUCCAACACUCAGAGGACGCGGACCCCCUUCAUAGCGUGCACACAAUGUCUAGGCUCCUCCAUCGCUGGCUAAGGCCCGAUGUGCUCAACAAGAAGCAGAUCUUGGAUAAGCUUCUGCUGGAGACGUUUAUGACCAUCAUGCCCUUGGAGCUGCAGGUCUUGGUGAAGGAGAGGCAAGUGCAGAGCUGCGAGGAACUGAAGGUCUUGCUGAGAAAUAAGGAGAAACCUAGGAAAUGGAAGGACAUCACCUUGCAAGAGCAGAAGUAUCUUCUGGAGAAUUCCGAUGUCCAGAUGGCCAAUGAGGAAGUCGGUGACACAGACUACAUGUUGGACUUGUCCAUGAAGUUCCAAUCCCCCAUAAAUCAGGCGGGGGUACAUCCUGAGAACAGCCAGGAGAUCAAUGAAGAGCCGGGAAACCAGCCAGGAACCAGUGAUGUGCUGUGGGGACAGGGGCAGAAAGUCUUCUUGCCGGAGGCAAUUUCCACGAAAAAUGAUCUUGAGGGUGUGAGGCCCAUGGAGAAGUUGGUGAAGUUGGAGAAGGAUGUGAUGGAAGACAGGGAAGAGGCAGUAGUACUCACAUCUCCAGAGCCUCCACUUCCCAGCAGUCCUGGAGAUUCAGUGCAGACAGAGGGAGAGCAGAACCCGCCGGAAGGAAUUGGUCUGGAGCGUGUGGAUGCCGGUGACGUACCUCCCACCCAAGUUCCAGAGAUACAGGCUUUGAGUCAGUGUCCAAAGAGAAGAGGUUCUGGGAAACUAGGAGGUGCCCCCAAGAGAAAAAGGGGCAACACUCCCACCCCCCAAGAGGAGCCUCAAGAAGGAGCCAUGUCGUUGGACAGAGAAGUCACCAGACGGCACCGGUGCCAUUCAGUGGGUGCAUCAAGCACCAUAGAGCCAACUGGUCACCCUGUUUGCAAAGUAUCCAGGAGAAAGAUACCGUACAAGUGUCAAGACUGUAGCAAAAUGUUCAGCUACAAAUCACAGUUAGACCUUCACCUGAGGACACACACAGGAGAGAGACCCUUCCAGUGCCUUGACUGUCCCAAGAGGUUCAUUCAAGCCUCAGACCUCCACGUCCACUUCCUCCAAGCCUCAGCCCUCCACGUCCACCAGCGGAUCCACACGGGUCAGAAGCCGUUCUGCUGUAAAGUCUGCGAGAAGAGAUUCACCCACAAGUCCACACUGCGUAACCACCAGCGGGUCCAUACCCAGGAGAAGCCUUACCAGUGCGCCGUCUGCCAGAAAAGGUUUGGCCACCAUGGGAACCUCAACGUCCACAUGCGCACCCACUCGGGCCUGAGACCCUACCCGUGUCCCCAUUGCCACCUGGCCUUCCGCCAACUGGGGACCUUAAAACGCCACCAAAGGACACAUGUCAACAAGGUGCCCUAG